ACGACAGAAGCAAACGCUCACGUUUGCGUCGCUUUCCACCGUCGAGGCCACGCGGUCGCAUUGGGUCGCCAAACUCGUCACUUCGGCAAGCGAAGCGCAAUACGGUAUUGAACUCGCACAACCAACCGCGACGUUGGACUAGCAAUAGCAUUUCCUUGUCGGUGGAAGUUACUCUUUGCUACUUUCUCCAUUUCCUUCUUUCGGAAGUUAAUCGCCUUCGCCGGCACGUGCCGAGAGUCGCGCAGCCCAAGUGGAAAAGACCGAAGAGCGCCGAACGCCCUCCUUAAAUACCUCGAGUCGCAUGCCUAUGGCGUCACCGUCGCGUUCCGCCGUCGGGGCAGAAAAAGCCAAUUUAUUUGAGCGGAUUCUCGGAGCAUACAUACGUUGGCGUUUAUGCCUAAAAUUGGAUGUCGUUUGUGAAAAUAAAGCUUGAUUACGAUUGCAACAAUUUUGACAGCACUCCGUUUUCCUCGUCGAGCGUUUGUGAUGAAAGCGUUCCCAGGGAAGUCUUUGCCGGGCUGGAUUCGAUCCACCUGAAUUCACGUAAUUCCAGAUACGCCGAAAGGGUCCAGUCUUUUCAAAGUCGCCUUCCUUCCGCGCGACUUCACUCCGCGUCCGCGGUCGGCGCCCUCAUCAUCCCGGGGGCCGGGAUUCGGCGAGGCCACGCGGCGGCGCGGUUUGUUUGCCAACUGCAACAAAUGAAUUGAUUUGAUCGCGAGGCGAGUCUGCUGACUUGAUUUUGUGCCGUCGGCUGCUCUGCUUUUGUCUUCUCUGAAAACUUUUUCGCCCUCACAUCUCGGAACACUUUCUUUUCAUCUUCUUCCUUACCGGCCGGCCGCCAGCUUCAGUUUGUAGGUGGAUCCGCUGCGGCGUCCGCCAUCAUGUUGCCUCCUGACAAGAACGACAGGAUCAUAACACGCCCGCCCAAGUGCUGCAGUCCCAAGGCGGCGCUGCAGACCAAAGAGGUCUUCCAUUCUCGGGUGAAGGCCGCGCGUCAGACGCUCAAGGAAGACGCCGUCGGGAGAAGCGGCGCCGCGCGUUGCAGGUGGGACACGGCGGGCCAGGAGCGCUUCAAGUGCAUCGCCUCCACAGGAGCUCAAGCCAUCAUCGCGGUGUUCGACUUGAGCAGAGAAAGCUCCUUAGCGCGUGCCAGGCAGUGGCUGGAGGACGCCAUGAAGGACGACGACCCCUCCGGGGUUCUUCUCUUCCUGGUGGGCACCAAGAAGGACCUCAGCUCUCCGGAGCGGCUGGCUCGGGUCCAACGGGAAGCCGCCCGAACGUCGGAGGAGAUCCGGGCCGAGUAUUGGGCGGUUUCGGCCGAGUCGGGUGCGGCGUAUUUCUCGCCCGAGCCGUCGACGCGACGUACCAAUAAAGGUCAUUGCUUGUCGGCCGCGGGGGACGGCGUGAGAGACCUGUUCCUGCGCGUGGCCGCGCUGAGCUUCGAGGCCGACGUCCUGCGCCGGCCGGAGAAGAGCGCGGCCGGGAACGCCGCCGACGUCGUCGGUGAGUCGCGUCGUUACGCUCGCCCGACGACGAAGCGAGCCAAACGAGCCGCGUACCCUCGGAAGUGA